AUGGGGAGAGAGUAUAGUCGCUCGGCGAAAGAGCAUCGGCACGUUCCUAGCCGUUCGAUGGACGUCACGGGGAUCUACGCGAAUAUUCUAGAGGACGAACGUUCGCGGAAGCCCCCCGUGUCCCCACGAUCCCCGCGUGGCGGCUUCCGCUCGGCGGCGUCUGCCGCCCAACGCGGGGAUAGGGGCCGGUUCGCCCCGCCCUCCCCCAAAACUUCCCCCAGAAGCCCCCGCAGCCCUCGUUUCCGCCCGUCCGCCCCUUCCGCCGCUUCCGCUGGCGACAGGCGGCAGCCUCUUGCGACGCCAUGCGACAGCGAGCGUGAGACGGUCGACUCGGACGAGGAAUUUGUUCAAAUGCUGCGCGACGUCGCAGCCACUCAAAACGGCGCAGCAGCAGCAGCAGCUGCUGCUGCUGCAUCUGCUGCUGCUGCUGCUCCUGUUGCUGCUGCAGUAUUAGAGCGUGGCGUAGCAUCUCUUCCCUCCGUCGAUUCGGACGAAGAUUUUCUGGAAGCGCUUUGCAGAGCGGCAGCAGUGCAGCGGCGCGGUUCGCCUCUGGUGCCUUCCUUGAGUCGUUUGGCGGCAGCUGAUGGAGGGGUAGCUAGCCGCCCAAAUCCGGGGCUAGAUUGCCGCCCAGAUGCGGGAGUUGUUUGCCGCCCGGAUGUGGGGUUAGAUUGCCGCCCAGAUUCGGGGGUAGACUGCCGCCCGUCUGUGGAUUCGGACGAGGAUUUCCUGGAAGCGCUUUUCAAUGCCGGCUCCUCCUCCGCCUCCAUCGCCGCCGCUCCCGCCGCCGCUCCCACCACCGCUGGCGGCGUGACGACGCAGCAGCAGCGCGUCGGUCCUUCGCGCUUGGCCGUGAUAUUGUCGCAGCAGACGCAGCAGCAGCAGCAGCAGCAGCAGCAGUCACCGCAGCAGGCGCAGCAGCAGCAGAAGCAGUCACAGGGUUCGCAGGCGGGUCAAAAAGCGCAGGAUACGCAAAGAACGCAGGAGGCGCAGCGGGUAAAGCAGUCUCUAGACGUGUUGGCGCGACUCAAGGCGGACUCGCGCCCCUCAGUCGACUCAGACGACGAUUUCGUGGAGGUGUUUGGGCAGACUGUGUGGGAGCGGCAGGAGGGAGCGGGGGCGUUGACUAGAGUCAACGGCGAGUCGGACAGGCACGGGCACAGGACGGAGGCGAGUGCGUUGACUAGGGUCAACGAUGAGUUGGAUAUUGACGGGCACAGGACGGAGGCGGAUUGGAUAAAAGCGGAGGCGGAUAGGCACAGGGCGGAGGCGGCAAGGGCGGCGGCACAGUUGCAGCGGCUGCUGGAGGGGUCGCAGCAGCGGCGGCAGGAGGAGGCGAGCGCGUUGACCAGGGUCAACGACGAGGCGGAUAGGAUAUUAGCGGAGGCGGAUAGGCACAGGGCGGAGGCGGCAAGGGCGGCGGCGCAACUACAGCGGCUACUGGAGGGGUCGCAGCAGCGGCGGCGGUUCUCCGCGCUGCACCACCGGUCGCUUUCCUCUCUAGUCAACGGGGUCAACGCGGAAAGCGGGGUCAACGCUGUCAACAAGGGAAGCGGAGUCGAUUUGGUUAGUGGGUUGUGUGAGGCAGAGGUAGAUGGGGCAGCUGAGCUGCAGCAGAGGUCCCUCUCGUUGCACCAUAGCAGCACCAUAUCCUCCCCCCACGCCACUGCCCCCUGCGCUGCCCCCUCCUCUCCCCGCGCCGCUGGCCCCUACGCUGCCCCCUCCUCCCCCCGCGCCAAUGCCCGCCGCGCUGCCCCCUCUUCCCCCCGCGGAGCUGCAUUCGCCCCCACUGCUGCCCCCUCUUCCCCCCGCAGAUCUGCAUUUCCUCCUGCCGCUGCCCCCCUUUCCCCUCGCGGAAGCGCUCACCACCAGUCGCCGCCCGCAUUUUCAAACUUUGAGGCUCCUCAAAAGUCGCCGCCCGCAUUUUCAGGCACACGUCAUGCUUUCUCUGAUGCAAGCCGUGCCGCUGCUGCUGCUCCUGCUGCUCCUCCUCCCGCUCCUGCUGCUGCUGCUCCUUCUGCUCCUCCUCCUCGUCGUCCUCCUCCUUCAUACGCGCUACAAGCCCACCCGCCUGCGUCAGUAGACCCGUCAGCCUUAUCAUCAGCCACGUUUCGAUUCCCUCGGGAUCUUACUUUCACAGUAAGCCCUCAGGUGUCCCCUCAGGUGUCUCCUCAGGUGUCUCCUCAGGUGUCUGCUCAAACGUCCCCCCAGGAGUCCCCUCAGGUGUCCCCUCCUCGGGUGCCCCGCUCACAGUCCACAAUACAUCGGCCAAACGUCUCCCAGGAGUCCCAGAUCCUCGUUAUAAGCUCAAACGGGGAGUAUCAGAUAAGAUCGCUCAACUCGAAACCCCACGCACUCUCACUCACUCUCUUCACCUCCUUCCCUCUUUCUUCUCAACCCCCACCUUCUGACCCACCACUCCUCUCCCUCUGUCUCUCAACUCUCCUCCCACUCACCAGCACUCGUCCCAUCCCUUCACUUAAAGGGGGAUACCUCACCCCAAAAGAAUUCCCCCACCCAUCUGUCUCCCCCCAAGCCUUCUCCCAAUCCUCUCUCUCCCCCCAAGCCUGCUUCCAAGCCUAA